AUGUGGUACUGGGCUGUGGAUUUGAACAAUAGUGAAGUGAACGCUAUCAUAAGUCGUGCCUAUUUGGAAUUACUCGAUUGGAAUGUAAAAUAUAAAUAUCCACCAACACUUUUGGUGGAUAGAAAUCGUUUGGAAGCGAUUGCCGAGAAGGUAUUGCAAUUGAUUGUGUGCACGUCGUGUGUUUUGAUAACGUGCAAUCUGGCUGGUAAAGAAGUUUGUGAAUUUGAUAAUUUCAAAGGGAAUCUCAAAAAUCAAUUGGUUAUCAUUACGAAUGAUAUCGAAAAAUGUAAUAUCAACGAGCGGUUAGAGUUGGUCUAUGCGCAAUGUGAAAAAGGUAUUUUGAGUUGUUACAAAGAGCUGAAUUUGGGUGAUUAUGAUGAUGAGAAAAAGGCACAACUGCGGGCACAGAUCAUGGCUGUUUCUGAGCCGAAUAAUCAAGUUCGAAAACUGAUGCAGAAUCGCAUCAAUUCGUUUAUUCUGUCGAUGAUAUCUCAUGAGUCUGCAUCCACAUCACAACGACUUCCAAUCGGUGUCUCUAUGGUCGAGCAAGAGUUGACCGCAGUUCUGUCGCUUCUCACCCGCAUCAUCUCGCAUAAUCGAACCACAUUCGGAACACUCUAUGGUGAGCUCAUCAAAGAAGCGAUGUCCAAUUGA